AUGAUUUGCGAGAUCUGGUCUUCAGUUUAUACUUUUCUAAGAUAUUUUUCUUUCCCUCAGGAUGAUGAAGUUGUCCUUCAGUGUUCAGCCACAAUCUUGAAGGAACAAUUGAAGUUAUGUCUUGCUACCGAAGGCUUUGGGAACCGCCUCUGUUACCUGGAACCUACCUCCAAUGCUCAGAAAGUCCCUCCGGACCUGGCGAUAUGUUGCUUCAGCCUGGAACAGUCCUUGUCAGUGCGUGCGCUGCAGGAGAUGCUGGCCAACACAGUAGAGGUAGGCUCCGAGUCUUCUCAAGGCGGUGGACACCGGACUCUGCUAUAUGGACAUGCUAUUCUUCUCCGGCAUUCCCACAGCGGCAUGUAUUUAAGCUGCUUAACCACAUCCCGCUCCUUGACGGAUAAACUCGCCUUUGACGUGGGCCUGCAGGAGGAUGCAACUGGAGAAGCCUGUUGGUGGACCAUCCAUCCAGCCUCGAAGCAACGAUCGGAAGGGGAGAAGGUGCGCGUCGGUGAUGACCUCAUCCUUGUGAGCGUCUCUUCUGAACGGUACCUGCACCUGUCCACAGCCAGCGGAGAGCUUCAAGCGGACGCAUCCUUCAUGCAAACUCUUUGGAACAUGAACCCCAUCUGCUCCUGCUGCGAAGAAGGGUAUGUAACGGGAGGCCACGUUAUGCGUCUCUUCCAUGGCCACAUGGACGAGUGCCUCACUAUCGCUACUACAGACCCAAAUGAAGAGCAGCGCAGAGUGGUGAACUAUGAAGGUGGAGCUGUUUGUUCCCAAGCUCGGUCACUUUGGCGUUUGGAGCCCUUACGAAUCACCUGGAGUGGUAGCCACAUGAAGUGGGGCCAGCCUUUCCGUGUCCGUCACGUCACCACAGGCCACUACUUGGCCUUGACGGAGGAAAAGGGGCUGGUUGUAGUGGACGCGGAGAAAGCCAACACCAAAGCCACAGCUUUUUGCUUCCGGGCCUCGAAGGAAAAGUUAGAUGUUGCCCCCAAACGGGAUGUGGAAGGAAUGGGAGCUCCAGAAAUCAAGUAUGGCGAGUCCAUGUGCUUUGUGCAGCAUGUCGACAGCGGUCUCUGGGUGACGUAUGCGGCGGCUGAUGCUAAGGCAUUGCGCCUGGGGCUGCUUAAAAGAAGGGCCAUCUUGCAUCAAGAAGGGCACAUGGAUGAUGCACUUUCGCUGACCCGCUGCCAGCAUGAGGAGUCUCAGGCGGCCCGGAUGAUCUACAGCACCUCUGGACUCUAUAACCAAUUCAUCAAGGGCCUGGACACACUGAGUGGAAAAAUUAAAUCAAGCACGCCAGUGAAUCUUCCCAUCGAUGGGAUGAUUCUCAGCUUGCAGGACCUGAUCAACUACUUCCAGCAUCCGGAAGAAGAGCUUCAGCAUGAGGAGAAACAGACCAAGCUCCGCUCUCUCAAAAACAGGCAAAACCUCUUCCAGGAGGAGGGGAUGAUCACCCUCGUUCUGAACUGCAUUGACCGUCUCAAUGUGUACACCACUGCUGCGCACUUUGCUGAGUUUGCGGGCGAGGAAGCAGCGGAGGCCUGGAAGGAGAUUGUCAACCUGCUGUAUGAGCUUCUCGCCUCCUUGAUCCGUGGGAACCGUGCCAAUUGUGCUCUUUUCUCCAACAAUCUGGACUGGCUGGUCAGCAAGCUGGAUCGACUGGAAGCCUCCUCUGGUAUCUUGGAGGUUCUGUACUGUGUGCUGAUUGAAAGCCCCGAAGUGCUAAAUAUCAUCCAGGAGAACCACAUCAAGUCCAUCAUCUCACUACUGGACAAACAUGGACGCAAUCAUAAGGUUCUGGACGUCCUCUGUUCUCUGUGUGUCUGCAACGGUGUUGCCGUCCGUUCCAACCAAAAUCUCAUCACUGAAAACUUGCUUCCAGGGAGGGACCUGCUUUUGCAGACCAAACUGAUCAACUAUGUCACCAGCAUGCGCCCCAAUGUCUUCUUGGGAACUCACGAAGGCUCCACCCAGUACAAGAAGUGGUACUACGAGUUGAUUGUGGAUUACGUGGAGCCGUUUAUGUCUGCACAGUCCACGCACCUGAGAGUGGGCUGGGCCAUGGCAGAAGGUUACAGCCCCUAUCCUGGAGGUGGAGAAGGCUGGGGAGGCAAUGGCGUGGGAGACGACCUCUACUCAUUCGGCUUUGAUGGCUUGCACCUCUGGUCAGGCCGUGUGGCUCGACCGGUAACAUCACCUGGGCAGCACACGCUGGGAGCAGAUGACGUGGUGAGUUGUUGCCUCGAUCUGAGCGUGCCCAGCAUCUCCUUCCGCAUCAAUGGCUUCCCUGUCCAGGGCAUGUUUGAGAACUUCAACCUGGAUGGGCUCUUCUUUCCUGUGGUCAGCUUUUCAGCAGGCAUCAAGGUGCGGUUCCUCUUGGGAGGGCGUCAUGGGGACUUCAAGUUCCUGCCUCCUCCAGGCUACGCUCCAUGUUACGAGGCCCUCCUCCCGCGUGAGAAGAUGCGUGUGGAGCCCAUCAAGGAGUACAAGCAUGACUUCAACGGAGUCCGAAAUCUUUUGGGCCCUACACAGUCUUUGUCCCACACUGCCUUCACUCCAUACCCAGUGGAUACCAUCCAGAUUGUCUUACCCCCACAUCUUGAGCGGAUCCGGGAGAAAUUGGCAGAGAACAUCCAUGAACUUUGGGCCCUGACCCGCAUUGAACAAGGAUGGACUUAUGGAUCUAUCCGGGAUGACAACAGGCGCUUACAUCCAUGUUUGCUAGAUUUCCACAGCCUGCCUGAGCCAGAACGCAACUACAAUCUGCAGAUGUCAGGAGAGACACUCAAGACUCUACUUGCUCUGGGCUGCCAUGUGGGGAUGGCAGAUGAGAAGGCUGAAGAGAACCUCAAGAAAACAAAGCUUCCUAAAACGUACAUGAUGUCAAAUGGCUAUAAACCAGCACCACUGGAUCUCAACCACAUCAAGCUGACUCCAGCCCAAAAUACUCUGGUGGACAAACUGGCUGAGAACGGUCACAAUGUCUGGGCAAGGGAUCGUGUCCAACAGGGGUGGACCUAUAGUAUGGUGCAGGACAUAAAAAACAAACGCAACCCCCGCCUAGUGCCUUACAGCCUGUUAGAUGAGCGGACCAAGAAAACCAACCGGGACAGCUUGCGCGAAGCGGUGCGCACGCUCAUUGGUUAUGGAUACAACAUUGAGCCACCAGAUCAGGAAACCACAGGUCAAGAUCUGACCAAAAGUCGGUCGGAAAAGGUCCGCAUUUUCCGCGCUGAACAGUUCUAUGCAAUAAAAUCCGGGAAAUGGUACUUUGAGUUCGAGGCGGUCACCACUGGUGAGAUGCGUGUGGGCUGGGCACGACCAAAUGUGCGUCCUGAUGUGGAGCUGGGAGCAGAUGAGCUUGGUUAUGUCUUCAACGGACAUCGGGGUCAGCGCUGGCACAUAGGUAGUGAGCCUUUUGGCCGCCCCUGGCAACCAGGCGACGUGGUUGGCUGCAUGAUCGAUCUCAUCGACAAUAACAUCAUGUUCACGCUCAAUGGGGAGAUGCUGAUCAGUGAUUCUGGAUCAGAGCUGGCCUUUAAAGACAUUGAGAUUGGAGAUGGCUUCAUCCCAGUAUGCAGCUUGGGCUUGUCCCAGGUUGGCCGUCUCAACUUGGGCCAGGAUGUCAGCAGCCUCCGCUACUUCACCAUUUGUGGCUUACAGGAGGGCUUUGAGCCCUUCGCCAUCAACAUGAAGCGGGACAUCACCAUGUGGUUCAGCAAGAGCCUGCCACAGUUUUCCCUGGUGCCGACAGAACAUCAGCAUUACGAGGUGUCAAGGAUUGAUGGCACCGUGGACAACCCGCCGUGCCUCAAACUGACACACCGGACAUUUGGCUCGCAGAAUGCCAUUGUGGAACUCCUCUUCCUGCGCCUCAGUAUGCCAGUGGAGUUCCAUGAGAAGUUCAAAAUCACUGCUGGCACCACCCCCCUCACCCAUGCCCUCACCAUCCCUGAAGACGAGGUCAAGGACAUUGACCUGGAUUCAGAGUUUGAGCAGCUGAAGAAAACCGCCAGCCGCAAGGAGGCUGAGGAGGCCGAGAAAGAGAAACAAGGCCCUCCCCCACCUGGCACUCCCAAGGAGCCUCCUAAAGAGCCCCCCAAGGCCGAGAACGAUAAGGAUGCCUCCACAGAAAAAAGCAAGAAACGAGGGUUCCUGUUCAAAGCCAAGAAGGCCACCACUUUACUUACCCCACAGCCUGUGGUUCCCACGGUACCUCGUCUGGAAGAAGAAGUGGUCCCAGAUGACCGAGAUGAUCCCGAGAUCAUCAUCAACACCACAACGUAUUACUACUCAGUCCGGAUCUUUGCAGGCCAGGAGCCCACUUGUGUAUGGGUAGGCUGGGUCACACCUGACUACCAUCAAUACGAUAUGAACUUUGACCUCACCAAAGUGCGCAAUGUCACAGUAACCAUGGGUGACGACAAGGGAAACAUCCACGACAGCAUCAAGAGAAGCAACUGCUACAUGGUCUGGGGAGGAGACUUUGUCAGCAACACACAGCAGACUCGUGUCAGCACUGUGGAUCUGGUAAUUGGUUGCCUUGUUGACUUGGCAACAGGCCUCAUGACCUUCACAGCCAACGGGAAAGAGGUCAACACUUUCUUCCAGGUGGAGCCCAACACAAAGCUGUUUCCUGCUGUCUUUGCUCUCCCAACGAGCCAGAAUGUAAUCCAGUUUGAGUUGGGCAAACUGAAGAACAUCAUGCCAAUCUCUGCUGCCAUGUUCCGCAGUGAGCGGAAGAACCCGGAACCCCAGUGCCCGCCUCGGCUUGCUAUCCAGAUGCUGACGCCAAUGACUUGGAGCCGAAUGCCGAACGAGUUCCUGCGGGUGGAUGUGGCUCGCUUCAGUGAUCGGCAUGGCUGGAUGGUGGAGUGCACAGAUCCCAAUAUUAUGAUGGCCCUCCACAUCCCAGAAGAAAGUCGAUGUAUCGACAUCCUGGAGCUUUCAGAGCGCCUGGACCUCCUGAAGUUCCACUCCCACUCCCUGAAGCUGUAUUGUGCGGUGUGUGCCUUGGGCAACAACCGGGUGGCACAUGCCCUAUGUAGCCAUGUGGAUGAAUCGCAACUCCUGUACGCCAUAGAAAGCAAUCACCUGCCGGGCUUGCUGCGCAGCGGUUACUAUGACCUGCUCAUUGGCAUGCAUUUAGAGUCUGCCAAACGCUCCCGCCUCAUGAUGAACAGCGAGUUCAUUGUCCCCAUGACGGAUCAAACUAAGAGCAUCACUCUGUUCCCGGAUGACACCAAAAAGCCUGGCUUGCCUGGUGUGGGCAUGAGCACCUGUUUGCGUCCUCCUCUGCACUUUUCAGACACCUUCUUUGUGAGCACCAACUCUGAGCUGUACCAACUGAGCCCUUCCAUCCCCUUGGAUAUCCUCAAGGUGAAGGCCAUCACCAUGCUGACCGAGGCCGUCCAAGAUGGUGGGCAGCACACGAGGGACCCCGUCGGAGGCAGUGUGGAGUUCCAGUUUGUGCCCGUCCUCAAGUUGAUCUGCACCCUCCUCAUCAUGGGCAUCUUUGAAGAUGAGGAUGUGAGACACAUCCUCAAAAUGAUCGAGCCCUACGUCUUUGGGGAGUCCAAGGAGGAGGAAGCACCAGAGGGUGCUGAAGAAGGGGAAGAACUGGUGGAAGAGGAAGAGGAGGAGAUGGUGGCUACGGAGGAGGAGGAAGAAGGUGACGGAAUGGAGAAGGAGGCCGGAGGGGGGCAGAAGGAGGAGGCCGAGGAAGGAGACAAGAGGGAGCUGAAAGCCAUCGAGGCUGGGGAGGCAGAAGCAAAGGAAGACGAGGAGGGAUUGGAGGAAGGCCUGCUACAGAUGAAGCUUCCCGAAUCUGUCAAACUACAGAUGUGCAACUUACUGCAGUUCUUCUGUGACCGGGAGCUGCAGCACCGCGUGGAAGCCAUCAUAGCUUUUUCAGAGCGCUAUAUGGACAACCUGCAGACCAACCAACGUCAGCGCUACAACACACUGAUGCUGGCCUUCACCAUGUCAGCCGCUGAGACAGCGCGCCGCACCAGGGAGUUCCGAUCUCCACCACAAGAGCAGAUUAACAUGCUGCUGAACUUCAAGAAUGGGGCUGAUCAGGAGGAAUGCCCUGUUCCAGAGGAGGUCCGAGAUGAGCUGUUGGAGUUUCAUGCUGACCUGUUGACUCACUGUGGUAUCCAGGCAGAGGGUGAGGAAGAGGAGGAGGAGGAAGAGACGUCCCUCCGACGACGUUUGAUGUGUUUGGUAGAAAAGGUGGUGAGCUUCCGUAAGAAGAAGGAAGAAACUGAAGAGGAUCAGCCUCCAGAAGAGGAGCCAAAACCUAGCACGCUUCAGGAGCUGAUCUCCCACACCAUGGUUCAUUGGGCCCAAGAGUCCUUCAUUCAAAGUCCGGAGCUGGUGCGGGUCAUGUUCAGCCUUCUCCAUCGGCAGUAUGAUGGCCUUGGGGAGUUAAUCCGUGCCAUGCCUAAGGCCUACACCAUCAAUGCCAAUUCUGUUGAGGAUACCAUGAGCCUGCUGGAGUGCCUGGGCCAGAUCCGUUCGCUGCUCAUCGUCCAAAUGGGGCCCGAGGAGGAGAACCUGAUGAUCCAGAGCAUUGGCAACAUUAUGAACAACAAAGUCUUCUAUCAGCAUCCCAACCUGAUGAGAGCCCUCGGCAUGCAUGAAACCGUCAUGGAGGUGAUGGUGAAUGUGUUGGGAGGAGGAGAUUCAAAGGAGAUCCGCUUCCCUAAGAUGGUGACCAACUGCUGUCGUUUCCUGUGUUACUUUUGCCGUAUCAGCCGCCAGAAUCAGCGCUCCAUGUUUGAUCACCUGAGCUAUUUGCUGGAGAACAGUGGCAUUGGGUUGGGGAUGCGUGGAUCCACUCCCUUGGACGUGGCUGCUGCUUCUGUCAUCGAUAACAAUGAGCUGGCCCUGGCCCUGCAGGAACAAGACCUGGAGAAGGUGGUGACCUAUCUGGCCGGAGCUGGCCUCCAGAGCUGCCCUAUGCUGCUGUCCAAGGGUUAUCCUGACAUUGGCUGGAACCCUUGUGGAGGCGAGCGUUAUUUGGACUUCCUGCGGUUCACUGUCUUUGUCAAUGGGGAGAGUGUGGAAGAGAAUGCCAAUGUGGUCGUGCGCCUGUUGAUCCGGCGGCCCGAGUGCUUCGGCCCAGCACUACGGGGUGAAGGUGGCAAUGGCCUACUGGCUGCCAUAGAGGAGGCCAUCCAGAUCUCCCAGGAUCCUGCCCGUGAUGGGCCCACAGUCAAGAAAGAUCGCCGCCGGGAGCUGUUUGGGGGAGAAGAAACUCACGAGGAGAACCGGGUUCAUUUGGGCAAUGCAAUCAUGUCCUUCUAUGCCGCCCUCAUCGAUUUGCUGGGGCGUUGUGCCCCCGAAAUGCAUCUCAUCCAGGCCGGGAAAGGUGAAGCCCUCCGAAUCAGAGCCAUCUUGCGCUCUUUGGUGCCCAUCGAAGACCUUGUUGGAGUCAUUAGCCUCCCGUUGGCGAUCCCUUCAUUUGGCAAAGAUGGCAGUGUUGUCGAGCCCAAAAUGUCUGCCAGCUUUGUACCGGACCAUAAGGCCCCCAUGGUGUUGUUCCUUGACCGCGUGUAUGGCAUUGACAAUCAGGACUUCCUUCUCCACGUGCUGGAAGUGGGCUUCUUGCCUGACAUGAGAGCUGCUGCUUCGUUGGACACCGCUGCCUUCAGUACCACUGAGAUGGCACUGGCCAUGAACCGCUAUCUCUGUUUGGCUGUGUUGCCACUCAUCACCAAGUGCGCCCCUCUUUUUGCUGGCACUGAGCACCGGGCCAUCAUGGUGGACUCCAUGCUGCAUACGGUCUACCGGCUGUCUCGCGGACGCUCCCUCACCAAGGCUCAGCGUGACGUCAUUGAAGAGUGCCUCAUGGCACUGUGCAGAUACAUCCGGCCCUCCAUGCUGCAACACCUUUUGCGCCGGCUGGUGUUUGAUGUGCCCAUCUUGAAUGAGUUUGCCAAGAUGUCCCUGAAGCUACUGACCAACCAUUAUGAACGCUGCUGGAAGUAUUAUUGCCUUCCUACUGGGUGGGCCAACUAUGGGAUCUCCUCUGAGGAAGAGCUUCACCUGACCCGCAAACUGUUCUGGGGUAUCUUUGAGUCAUUGUCCCACAAGAAAUAUGACUCUGAGCUGUACAAGCUCGCCAUGCCCUGCCUGUGCGCAAUUGCAGGAGCCAUCCCACCUGACUAUGUGGAUGCCAGCUACUCCUCCAAGACUGAGAAGAAGGCAUCUGUGGAUGCUGAAGGCAACUUCGACCCCAAGCCUGUGGAGACACUCAAUGUCAUAAUUCCAGAGAGACUGGAUGCUUUCAUCAACAAGUAUGCUGAAUACACUCAUGAGAAAUGGGCCUUUGAUAAGAUUCAGAAUAACUGGUCUUUUGGAGAAGCCUAUGACGAGGAGGCCAAGACGAGCCCCAUGUUGCGGCCAUAUAAAACGUUCUCAGAAAAGGAUAAGGAAAUUUACCGGUGGCCCAUCAAAGAAUCGCUGAAGGCCAUGAUUGCUUGGGAGUGGACAAUGGAAAAGGCUCGCGAGGCUGAGGAGGAGAAGACUGAGAAGAAAAAGACCCGCAAGAUCUCACAGACACAGACGUACGACCCUAGCCAUGGCUACAAUCCUCAGCCCAUAGAUAUCUCUGGAGUAACCCUCUCUAGAGAACUGCAGGCCAUGGCAGAGCAGCUGGCUGAGAACUACCACAACACCUGGGGACGCAAGAAGAAGCUAGAGCUAGAAGCCAAAGGUGGAGGCACCCAUCCUCUUCUGGUGCCUUAUGAUACUCUGACAGCAAAAGAGAAGGCACGGGACCGAGAAAAGGCUCAGGAGUUGCUGAAGUUCCUGCAGCUUAAUGGCUAUGCGGUGACAAGCCUUUUCUGCAAAUUGGCAGCCUUGGUCAGGCACCGGGUCUCUCUCUUUGGCACAGAUGCUGCUGCCGUGAUUAACUGCCUGCAUAUCCUUGCCCGCUCUUUGGAUGCCAGGACCGUGAUGAAGUCAGGCCCUGAGAUUGUGAAGGCUGGGCUGCGUUCGUUCUUUGAAGGGGCCUCAGACGACAUUGAGAAGAUGGUGGAGAAUCUCAAGCUGGGCAAAGUGUCGCAGUCACGCACCCAGGUCAAGGGUGUGGGCCAGAACAUCACCUAUACUACCGUGGCACUGCUGCCCGUGCUCACAUCCCUCUUCGAGCACAUCGCCCAGCACCAGUUUGGGGAUGACGUCAUGUUGGAUGAUGUCCAGGUCUCUUGCUAUCGAACUCUGUGCAGUAUCUAUUCCCUGGGCACAACCAAAAAUCCUUAUGUGGAGAGGCAGCGGCCACAACUUGGGGAAUGCUUGGCACGACUAGCAGCAGCAAUGCCUGUGGCCUUCUUGGAGCCCCACAUCAACGAAUACAACCCGUACUCUGUCUACACCACCAAGUCACCCAGAGAGCGAGCCAUCUUGGGCCUACCAAACCGCGUGGAGGAGAUGUGCCCAGAUAUCCCCGUCCUGGAGAAGCUCAUGAAGGAAAUUAGCGGACUGGCUGAGUCAGGAGCCCGCUACACUGAGAUGCCCCAUGUCAUCGAGAUCACCUUGCCAAUGCUUUGCAACUACCUCCCUCGCUGGUGGGAGCGGGGCCCUGAAACCAACCCCCAGGGCCCUUGGUGCACCGAUGUGACGUCCGAUCAACUCAACACCUUGCUAGGCAACAUCCUGAAGAUCAUUGUCAACAACCUGGGCAUAGAUGAAGCUUCCUGGAUGAAGCGGUUGGCAGUCUUUGCACAGCCCAUUGUCAGCAAGGCAAAGCCAGAACUGCUUCGCUCCCACUUCAUUCCCACCAUGGAGAAGCUGAAGAAGCGCUCAGGGAAGGUAGUAGCCGAGGAGGAGCAGCUGCGGCUGGAGGCGAAGACGGAGUCUGAGGAUGCUGAGCUGCUUAUUCGGGACGAGUUCUCGGUGCUCUGCCGGGACCUCUAUGCCCUCUACCCCUUGCUCAUCCGAUAUGUUGACAACAACAGAGCCAAUUGGUUGACGGAACCAAACUCGGACGCCGAGGAGCUGUUUCGGAUGGUUGGGGAGGUCUUCAUUUACUGGUCAAAGUCACACAACUUCAAACGAGAAGAACAAAACUUUGUCGUGCAGAACGAAAUCAACAACAUGUCUUUCCUAACAGCCGACAGCAAGAGCAAAAUGUCCAAGUCUGGAGAAGGCCAGUCGGGUGGCUCAGACCAGGAGAGGACAAAGAAGAAGCGCCGUGGGGACCGCUACUCCGUCCAGACCUCGCUCAUUGUGGCCACUCUCAAGAAGAUGCUGCCCAUCGGCCUGAACAUGUGCUCCCCAACUGACCAGGAGCUGAUCAACUUGGCCAAGAUACGCUACUCCCUGAAAGACACCGAUGAGGAGGUGCGUGAAUUCCUCAACAACAACCUACACCUUCAGGACAAGUGUGAGAACUCCUCGUCCAUGCGCUGGCAGAUGGCUCUCUACAAAGAGAUGUCUGGCAAAGCUGAGGACUCAAACAACCCAGAGAAGAUUGUCAAGCGGGUUCAGGAGGUCUCCGCUGUGCUCUACCACUUGGAGCAGACAGAGCACCCAUAUAAGUCAAAGAAGGCCGUGUGGCACAAACUGCUCUCCAAGCAACGCCGGCGUGCCGUGGUGGCUUGCUUCCGCAUGACACCUCUGUACAACCUGCCCAGGCACCGGGCUUGCAAUAUGUUCUUGGAGAGCUACAAGAUCUCUUGGAUCCUGACUGAAGAGCAUCCUUUUGAAGACAGGAUGAUUGACGACUUGUCUAAACCAGGAGAGGAGGAGGAAGAGGAAGAGGAAGAGGCCGAAAAAAAGCCUGACCCCCUGCAUCAGCUCAUCCUGCACUUCAGCAGGACAGCCCUGACAGAGAAGAUCAAAUUGGAGGUAGACUAUCUGUACAUGGCUUAUGCUGACAUCAUGGCAAAGAGUUGCCACAUAAAUGAAGGUGAAGAGGGUGAAGAGGGAGAAGAAGGGGAAGAAUCUGAACUUUCCUUUGAGGAGAAGGAGAUGGAAAAACAGAAACUUCUGUAUCAACAAUCCCGGUUGCACAACCGAGGGGCAGCCGAGAUGGUUCUGCAGAUGAUCAGCGCCUGCAAAGGGGAGCCUGGUGCCAUGGUGUCUUCCACAUUGAAACUGGGCAUCUCCAUCCUGAAUGGCGGCAACGAGGAAGUGCAGCAGAAAAUGCUGGAUUAUCUGAAGGAGAAACGUGAAGUGGGGUUCUUCCAGAGCAUCCAAGCACUAAUGCAGACAUGCAGUGUGCUGGAUCUCAAUGCCUUUGAGCGACAAAACAAAGCCGAAGGACUGGGAAUGGUGACAGAAGAUGGAACGAUCAUCAGUCGUGAAAAUGGAGAGAAGGUGAUGGCCGACGAUUUGUUCACACAGGACCUCUUUCGGUUCCUGCAGCUCCUAUGUGAAGGUCACAACAACGAUUUUCAAAACUACCUGCGGACACAGACGGGAAACACAACCACAAUCAACAUCAUCAUCUGCACUGUUGACUACCUUCUGCGUCUUCAGGAGUCCAUCAGUGACUUCUACUGGUAUUACUCUGGCAAGGAUGUGAUCGAUGAGCAAGGCAAACGCAACUUCUCCAAAGCCAUGGCGGUGGCCAAGCAGGUCUUCAACAGCCUUACCGAGUAUAUCCAGGGACCGUGCACUGGGAACCAGCAGAGCCUAGCACAUAGCAGACUGUGGGACGCUGUCAUUGGUUUUCUUCAUGUCUUUGCUCACAUGAUGAUGAAAUUGGCUCAGAUGACCCAACCCCCAGGACUUCGAAAUGGCGAUGCAAGCCAAAUUGGCCUCCUGAAGGAGCUGCUGGAUCUGCAGAAGGACAUGGUAGUAAUGCUGCUGUCCCUAUUGGAAGGAAAUGUGGUGAAUGGCACCAUCGCCCGGCAGAUGGUGGACAUGUUGGUAGAAUCCUCUAGCAACGUAGAGAUGAUUCUCAAGUUCUUUGAUAUGUUCCUGAAGUUGAAGGACAUUGUGGCCUCGGACGCCUUCCGGGAUUACAUUACAGAUCCUCGCGGGCUCAUAUCAAAGAAGGAUUUCCAGAAAGCUAUGGACAGUCAGAAGCAGUACACCCCAUCUGAGAUCCAGUUCUUGCUCUCUUGCUCGGAGGCCGAUGAGAAUGAGAUGAUUGAUUACGAGGAGUUCGCCAACCGCUUCCAGGAGCCUGCCAAAGACAUUGGCUUCAAUAUCGCUGUGCUGCUGACCAACCUCUCUGAGCACAUGCCUCACGACAACCGCCUCAAGACCUUCUUGGAACUGGCGGAGUGCAUCAUCAACUACUUCAGCCCCUACCUGGGCCGCAUUGAGAUCAUGGGGGCCAGCAAGCGCAUUGAGCGCAUCUACUUUGAGAUCAGCGAGACCAACAAGACCCAGUGGGAAAUGCCACAAGUCAAGGAGUCCAAGCGGCAGUUCAUCUUCGAUGUGGUCAAUGAAGGGGGAGAGUCAGAGAAGAUGGAGCUCUUCAUCAACUUUUGUGAGGACACCAUCUUUGAGAUGCAGAUCGCAGCACAAAUUUCUGAGGAGGAAGGGCAGGAGGAGGAAGAGGAGGAUGAAGAAGAAGGGGCCGACGCAGGGGAAGCUGAGAAGGCAUCGACGCCGGCAGAGGCUUCUUCGGCUUUUGGGGAGUUUCUGGAAAGUGUCCUGAACUUUUUCCGGAUGUUCACGUACCGCAACAUCCGCCGGCAGUUCCGUAAAGUCAAGAAGAUGACGGUGAAGGAGAUGGCCAUGGGCAUUGCCACCUUCGUCUACACCAUUUUGAUGGGCAUCCUCUUCUUCCUCUACAACAUCUUCAAGGGCAUCUUCCUCCUCAUCUGGAACACGCUUUUCGGAGGUGGCCUGGUGGAAGAGGCCAAGAAGAUCACGGUGACGGAGCUGCUGGCCAGCAUGCCUGAUCCCACGCAGGACGAGGUGCACGGAGACGUGGCCCCGUCUGAAGAGGUGGAACAAGCGGCGGAAGAAGGGGAAGAAAUAGAGAUGGCUGAACCUGGCACGGAGGAGGCACCUGCCGAAGGAGAAGGCGACAAGAAAGAGCAUUUCCGGCCCAUGGGUGCAGACCCACCUGGUGGGCUUGGAGAUAUGGGAGAUACGACCCCUGUGGAACCACCUACGCCUGAAGGAUCGCCCAUCCUUAAGAGGAAACUAGGAGUGGACGGAGAGGAAGAAAUAGUGGAGCCAGAGAAGAUUGAAGAGCCUCCUGUAGAAGCAGAGAAAGCUGAUGCUGAGAAUGGUGAAAAGGCAGCAAAGGAGGAGGAAGAGGAGAAGAAGAAAGAGGAGGAGAAAGAAGACGAGCCCAAAGAAGAAACACCCACAGAACCAGUGAAGGAGAAGAAGAAGGUGACACAGCGGGAGAAGAAGGAGUCCGAGGCAGCAGGCUCAGAAUUUUGGAACGAGCUGGAAAUCCAGAGGAUAAAAUUUCUGAACUAUCUGUCUAGGAAUUUCUACAACCUCCGCUUCCUUGCCCUCUUCUUGGCCUUCGCGAUCAAUUUCAUCUUGCUUUUCUACAAGGUAUCGGAAACGCCUCCAGGCGAGGAGGAGUUUGAAGGCUCUGGCCUUGAAGGAGACCUGGAUGGAGGCUCAGGCGGCGGCUCAGGCUUUGGCGGGGACGAUGAUGGUGGGGAUGGCAAUGGGAACGGCAACGGGGAUGAGGACGAUGAGGACAGCGUGGUCUACUACUUCCUGGAGGAGAGCACGGGCUACAUGCAGCCGGCCUUGCAGUUCCUGUCCAUCGUCCACACCCUCGUCGCCUUCCUCUGCAUCAUCGGCUACAACUGCCUCAAAGUGCCCCUGGUCAUCUUCAAGCGGGAGAAGGAGCUGGCGCGCAAGCUGGAGUUUGAUGGGCUCUACAUCACGGAGCAGCCCGAAGACGACGAUAUCAAAGGCCAGUGGGACCGCCUGGUGCUCAACGCCCCGUCAUUCCCGAGCAAUUAUUGGGAUAAAUUCAUCAAGAGAAAGGUGCUUGAUAAAUACGGAGACAUCUACGGACGGGAGAGAAUUGCAGAACUGCUGGGGAUGGAUUUGGCCAGUCUGGAAAUCUCAGCACAGAACGAGAAAAAAACGGAGCCGGACAAGUCUUUUCUUACUUGGAUCACCUCCAUUGACCUCAAAUACAAGAUCUGGAAGUUUGGAGUGAUCUUCACAGACAACUCCUUCCUGUAUCUCUUCUGGUACAUGGUGAUGUCUGCCCUCGGCCACUACAACAACUUCUUCUUUGCUUGCCACCUCCUGGACAUCGCCAUGGGGGUCAAGACGCUGCGGACCAUCCUCUCCUCUGUCACUCACAACGGCAAACAGCUGAUGAUGACGGUGGGGCUGCUGGCGGUGGUUGUGUACCUCUAUACCGUAGUCGCCUUCAACUUCUUCCGCAAGUUCUACAACAAGAGCGAGGAUGAGGAUGAGCCUGACAUGAAAUGUGACGACAUGAUGACGUGCUACCUAUUUCACAUGUAUGUUGGGGUCCGGGCUGGUGGGGGCAUCGGUGAUGAGAUUGAGGACCCAGCAGGUGAUGAAUACGAGCUGUACCGCGUCAUCUUUGAUAUCACCUUCUUCUUCUUUGUCAUUGUCAUCCUACUGGCCAUUAUCCAAGGUUUAAUCAUUGAUGCCUUUGGGGAGCUGAGAGACCAGCAGGAGCAGGUGAAGGAAGACAUGGAGACCAAAUGUUUCAUCUGUGGAAUCGGGAGUGACUAUUUUGACACGACGCCGCACGGCUUUGAGACCCACACCUUGGAGGAGCACAACCUGGCGAAUUAUAUGUUCUUCCUCAUGUAUCUCAUCAACAAAGACGAAACGGAGCACACCGGCCAGGAGUCUUAUGUCUGGAAGAUGUACCAAGAGCGCUGCUGGGACUUCUUCCCUGCCGGCGACUGUUUCCGCAAGCAAUACGAGGAUCAGCUCGGCUAGGUGCUUCCUGUGGUGGUGUCUGAAGGAGGGAAGUGCCUGCCCAGCCUCCACCUUCCUGGCCCUCUUUCUUUGGCCCUGGGCGGAUGGGGGCACAGCCAGUGCAGGGUGGCACACCGGAUCUGGCUUUUUCUCUUUCAGAAAGCAGUGGGAGAAGCUGCCUUGUCCACCUGCCCCCCUGUCGUUGCCGCCGUCUCUUGUGUGUCCUGCUGCUUCUUCUCCCCUCCCCCCCAAAAAAACACCCAUGCAACCAGACCCUAGACGAAAGAGGUGGAAUACCCACCCUUAGGAAAAAUGACUUGAUGGUUGAUGGCUGGACGGCGGCGAUUAAGUGUAACGCUUGGCCAGUAACUCUUCCCGCCCCUUCCCUGUCCCGUGGGGGUGUCCAUGCAAUACUUCCCUUCCUGGGACAAAGGACCCCCCCAGUUUCAAGUGCCUUUCAUAGACUCUUAGCCCAAGGACAAGAGGGCCCUUUGUGGGUGGGAGCUAGAUGCUAUUUUUGGUUAAGGAGGAAGAGGAGAGUUAUUUUGCUGCUAUCUCACAUUGGCUUGUAAGGAGGGCAGGCAGAGGAAGAAAGAUGCUGGCCUUCUAGAGCCAGUCCCAAAGGAGGGGGGUACUAAUGCAGCCCCCCCCCAUCAGUCCCCUUUGCAGUAUCGGCCUACUCCGCUCCAAGCUGUGUCUCAUUUGUGGGGCUUGGGGUUUGUGUGAUGGUGAUGGUGGGACUUCUCUGUGCUACAAUUUUUCUGUGGAGCUGGGGAGGCACUGGUGAAGCCCAUCCCAUCCAACCUCAUGUGUGUUUGUGUGUGCAUAAGGAGCCAGAACGGAGCGAGCAUUAUGCUCCGUUCCACUCCUGUCCUGUCCGCCACUGUGUCCUACUCCCAUACAAAAUCAUAAGUGGGGCCUGCUGUGGGGACAGCUGGGAUCCAAACACCUCUGUGCUUCCUCGCCAUCCUCUCUGAGCACAGCUUGGUUACCUGCCAAUAAAACCAUAGACUGCUGCA